CUAUGAAAAAAGAAACUAACCUGAUAUAUGCUUCACUUUUAAAAAAAUACGUAAAAUUUUCCAAAUUUGUCCACAUAAUUAAGUUUAGCAGUACAACUAUAUGGACGUUUAUUUACCUCUAUUCUAAAAUGGAAGUGUAAUUAAUUAAUACUAGUAUAGCUCUUUCCAAACAACCUGAUAUACGCCAAUUGCCGCAUGUGGGAAAGUUGAUACGUCAACGGAAUUAACAUAGGGCUAUUAAAUUUGGUUGAUAAAUGAGAAGCGUCACAAAGUAGAGUACAUUUAGGUUUAGAAGAGUCCCCAGCUGACGCAAAAGAGAUAACAGCUACAGGUUGAGAUCCGGCGAAAUUCGUCGGAUUUCUUCCUAGGAAUCUUACUGCAUCUCCGGCGAAAUGAAGGGCUCCUGCACUCUCGUUGCUUCCAUGCUGGCCGCUUCUACUGUGGCUAUUAGUUCCACAUCCUAUGCCGCUGAUCCUCAUCUAACCUUUCCCUCUCCUUCUACCAAGGGACUCGGUUAUUCCUCAUCGAUGGAGAAGCUUAGAUCUGACAAGUCAAGGAAAUUGCCAUUGACGGCUUCAGAGAAGGAGAAAUUUACGCCUAAGUUUGAUGGCCUGAGGUUCAUUGAGACUCUGGUUACGGCUCAUAGGUGAAAUCUAUGUAAUUGCAGGCUCGCAGUCAAGUAGCAUUAGCCCCAUCCCCAUUUGUUUAUCCAUUGAAAUGGAAAUGAACAUUGUCUUUUUUAUCCAAUGGGAUUGAUUGACUUGUGUUUUGUUUUUCUGACAAUACUUGUUAUUGAAAGUACAUCUUUUUCUCUCUU